CUUUGCGCGCAGACGAACUCAAAAAGAAAUUAAAAUUUAACGGCCUCUCAACUCAGUUGAUCGUGAGCAGCUCGAGCGUGCGGUUGGUUUUGUGGCUCGCUGCAGGUUUGUUUUUGGAUCUGCGACUUAAACCAGUUUUCGACUAUUUCAAUAAUAACAAAACAAGCAAAACGCAUGCGAAUGACGAAACGACCUUAAGAAAAAAAGAAAGAAAUCCGCGAUAACAAUUACAAGCUAAGAAUUCGUUACGGAAGCAAGAAAAGUGACGCAAAUGUAAAGUCCAAAUAACAACCAACAAUAAAAAAUAUUUGAUCAAAAUGGUAGUGCGUGCAUUUAAUUAAUUUUGAAAUAAUUAGAGUGUGAAAAGUAGCUAAAAAUAAAACUAAACGAAGCUACGAUUUGCAAAAUAUCUACGUGGAUAAUUGACUGUGGAGAGAGUUAAAAGAGUUCGAAAGAGUGGGAGAGAGAGAGAGGGAGUGCAACGCAAACGUGCGCAAUGACAUUGACAAGACAUGAAGGCGUUCUUUGUCACUGCUGCAACUGCGCUGUCGCUGUAGCAGUUCCUGUUAGUGCUCCUACAGGCCGUAAGCUAGCAGCCUUGCAAUCGCGACGCAGACUACGACAGCAGCUAUUAUUAGCGUUGGUGGCGCUUUUCCUCUUUGGCUUCAAUACAGCUGCAACUGAAGGCGAAGAUGAAGAUGGUCCGUAUCGGGGCAAAUAUUUGGGCAAACUCAAUUCGUAUCAUCAUCAGGUGUCCGGUGAUGUGUACGCUGUGAAUGAGUAUACGUUUUUGAUAGUGGGCUUUAAUUACGAUGGCAACGGUGCGGAUACGUUCUUUUGGUCCGGCGCCAGCAAUCGACCAGGUCCGCAAGGUUUCAUAGUGCCAGACGAGUACGGAAAAACGAACAUUUUGGAUCGUUAUCAUAACAAGGACUUUACGCUAACGCUGCCCGAUCGUAAGAAGAUGACUGAGAUCAAGUGGCUGGCGGUCUACGAUCUGAACAAUCAGAACAACUUUGGUGACGUUUAUAUACCCGAGGAGUUCGAGCCGCCGCGCACUCAAGUUGGCGGCACCUUCUCCAAGCGCAACCACAAUGUGAGCAGCAGCACCAUCGAGAUCUUGGACUCAAAGACCAUUAGGAUUAAGGACUUUACGUACGAUGGGCGUGGCAAGCGUACGUUCUUCUGGACAGGCGUGGGUGCUCAGCCGUCGAGUCGGGGCAGCAAAAUUCCGGACGAGCGGGGCUACCUCGAUCCCAUACGCAGCUACAAUAAGGAAACCAUUGUGUUGGAAUUGCCUGGCGACAAGACGAUCUUCGACAUCGAUUGGAUUAGCAUCUACGAUGUGGCCGACAAGGAGAACUAUGGCCAUGUGCUUAUACCGGACGGGCUGAAUGUGCCGCCAUCUCUGGUGAAGAUUACGCCGUAUGAGUUCUCGCUGCCCAAUUGCCGGCAGCUACACAAGGAUCUGCAGGUGUCGUGGGAGGUGUUCGGACCGCAGAUCACGUUCCAGCUGUCCGGUCAGGUGGCGAAAACGGAUUACAUGUCCUUUGGCAUCUCAGGCUCCGAUACAGCCAGUCAAAUGAUUGGUGCCGAUGUCGUCGUGGCUUAUAUAGACGACAUCAGGGGCUACACGGUUGACUACAAUAUCACCUCGCUGGCUCCAUGCGUGCAGGUGCUGGGUCAGAAUAAGGGCGUGUGUCGAGAUGAUGUCGUAGGUGGCUUGGACAGCUUUCAGCUGAACACAUACGCCCGCAAGGAUGGCAUCAAUACAAUCAGCUUCAGACGCACGCUCAAAUCAUCCGAUGAUGGGGACAAGGAAAUCUUUCUGGAUCGCAGCAAUUAUGUGGUUUGGGCAUUUGGUCAGCUGGACUCCAACAAUGAGCCAGCGUUUCACACAUACUAUCCCAAGAGUGAUAUAAUCAUCGACUUUAACACUACGGAGCCUGUGAACGAUUGCUUCAGCUUUACGAAACGUGCGGAAACUCCAGUGCAAAUCUGGGAGCGCGCUCGAAUUACGGAUGCAACCGUGCGGACUUUUAAUGCUUAUCUGGGCCCCUCGGGCGGUCUGCGUGGCUAUCAGGGCAUCACGGGCCAUGUGUCAAGCGGCUUGGCCUGGUACAUCAAUGGCUAUAUGAUACCGGAACUGUAUCUGAAGCGGGGCUUGACGUACACCUUUAAGGUGCGCGGCGGCAACAAUCCGCAUUCGCCGGAGCACUACCAUCCACUGGUCAUAACGGAUGAUCCGCAAGGCGGCUACGAUCGACUGUCGGAUGCCAAACAGAGCGAAAUUCGCGUUCUUGCUGGCGUAGAGUUUACGCGUCGUGGUCGACCCAAGCCCACAGCUGCGGGUCCGCUCUGCUUGUCCCGCUAUCCGGAUCACUACGACCGUCGCUUGGAUGACAAUUUCCCUACAUUCAAGAAAUUCAAUCGCAGCUUGAUCAAUAUCUGCAGCGACGAGCCGCCGGCGCUGCUUGAGAUUACGCCGAAUAUCACGUGGCCCGACACAGUAUACUAUAAUUCCUUUACGCACGGCAACAUGGGCUGGAAGAUCCACAUUGUGGACAGCUAUACGAAGUUGCGCAACGCUGGCCAUUCCCUGGCCACGGCGUGGCUGACGACGCUCUCGGCUCUGCUGAUAGUGUUGGCACUGUAAGUGUUGACUGCCUUCCUUGACAGUUUCUGUCGCCCCAAAGGAUACUCUUUUUUAUGUUUUAAUUUUAAUAUAAGUCAAUCAGUCACAAUUUGCAUAUAUAUGUAUAUGUGUGUAUUUAUGUAUGUUUGCAUGUAUUAUACCUGCCCAUUUAAGCAUAAGUAUUGUAAUUUAUAACUCGUUAAUAAAGGCAGAGUUUCACAUAAGACAGAAGCAUUUUGUCCUGAUUGUUAAUACCUUAAUAUAGCUAAUAUACGUAUGUAUGUAUGUGAACAAUAUCUGUAUUAUUUAAUUCAAGAUAGGCCAUUUGGAGGUGAUUCAUUUGUUUGACUGUAAACUGUAAACUAUGCAUUUAUUGAUUAGAUUCGAUUUCAAUUAUGCGCAUAUAUAGUCUUUAUGUGUGUAUAUAUACUUUCUUCUGUAGUUGCAACUGUUGCUAUCAUCAGUUAAAUAGACUUAUUAAUUAAAAUGAAUUGAUGUGAGCUUUCUAAUCAAUUA